UUACCACUGGUGAAGAUCGGUCCGCCAGUCGAGCUUCCCUCCUCGGACAAGGUAGAGGAACUUAAACGCCGACAAGUUCUCUACUUGUAAAUUCAACCUUCCACCAGCCACAACAUAGAACUUUACAGUUCUGUCUGGUCUACGGUAAAUCGACUUAGCAAGACAACAAAGAUGCUGAUCGGUGGUGCUGUGAGCUACGUUGCCGGCAAGCAAGCAGUUCGCACGGUUUACUGGCGAACAGCGAGCAACGGUCGCCUGUUGAAGACAGCCAAGACCUGCAUGUUCCAAGGUCCUCCGAAACCGGCGCCAUCCUCGACGUCCGCUUCGUCGAUGUUCCAAGCCGAGUCCCAUAUGGAUCCCAUACCGAAAGACAUAUUCAACAGUAGAAAUUAGACAGCGAUUUUCAUGACAUUGAACCAAUGAACGGGGGAGAGAGGGGAUCAGAGGGGGAAGAAGAAGAAGAAGAAGAAGAAGAAGAAAAAUGAGAGACGGCACUUUGUACAUAGCUCGUAGUUUAAUUUAAGUUAUCAUUACUCGUCAUAAUCUUCGUAUUUGCAUCAUGUGUGUAUCAUAAAAUAUAUUUAUUUUCUAUCUUAU